AAGAUAGAGAAGAAAGAAAAUUUAAGUUUUCUGCCUAACCAACCAACAGGCACAGACCAGUUCUGCUGUCCACCACUGUUUUCUUUUUUCGCCUAUGCCACACACUCACAAACUCUUUUUUACGUACCAUUUCUUCCUUUGCGUUCUUCAUUUAUGUCAACGCAAACACACACACACACACUCUCUCUCUCUCCCUCCCUCCCUCCCUCCCUCACAUCACAUGGCCUUAAAUGCUGAGUUGAACUUCAGCUAAAAAAAAAAAAAUUGAACUUUUUUGAGAGAGGGUGGAUACCGUUUCUCCAUCUUCAUCUAAAUCCGAACCCAAAGCAAGCUCCAUUGUCAAUCUCAAUUUCACUGUACCAGAUGGAGGAAACUCAUCAAAUUGCAGUGACCCAGAUGAGGAAAUCGGUUGAAAAGCUUGGUUCUUCAACUGAGAAUUAUAGUGACGCAACGAUUAUGAGAUUCUUGAUUGCAAGGUCAAUGGACCCAGAGAAGGCAGCAAAGAUGUUUGUACAGUGGCAGAAAUGGAGGAGCGCGUUUGUUCCUAAUGGCUCUAUCUCAGACUCUGAAGUCCAACCUGAACUGGAGACUAGAAAGAUAUAUUUGCAGAGUUUAACAAAAGAAGGACAUCCAAUAUUGAUUAUCAAAGGAAGCAAGCAUUAUCCAUCUAAGGAUCAUCUCCAAUUCAAGAAGUUCGUGGUUCAUUUGCUAGACAAAACAAUUGCAAGUUCAUUUAAAGGAAGAGAAAUAGGAAACGAGAAGUUGAUUGGCAUUUUAGAUCUGCAGCAAAUUACAUAUAGAAAUAUAGAUGCACGUGGCUUGAUCACUGGAUUUCAGUUUCUGCAGGCUUAUUAUCCUGAGCGUUUAGCAAAGCUCUUUAUUUUACACAUGCCACGAUUCUUUGUUGCUGUUUGGAAGAUGGUUUCUCGCUUCCUGGAGAAAGCAACACUGGAAAAGAUUGUUAUAGUCAGCAAUGAGGAAGAAAGAAUAAAUUUUAUAAAGGAAAUUGGCGAAGAAGCCUUGCCAGAAGAGUAUGGUGGUCAAGCAAAGCUCGUGGCUCUCCAAGAUGUCGUAAUGCCCCAGUUAGAGCAAGGAGGCUGCUAACAGAGAUGCAAAUGUAGAAAUUAUACGUAUUUAUAGAUGACACUAGCAAUCAACUGGCAUGGAUGCCUAAUUCCAAUUUAAGUACAUCUUAAUGAAUAAUAUUGACUAGUUAUAUAUAUGCUUUUUAAUCCACAGUAACUUAAACUGGAAAGUUACAAGAUUCUAAUAAUAAGACCUGAGGUAUUACUUGA